CAAGGAAUUAUUUAAGAAAAGGUUGAUUCCUGGUUGGUUGUGUUGAUAACCUGGAAUCUUGGUAACGUUAAUCAAGGAGUAUUUAUUUAUAUAACUGCUGCCGGAAGUCUGUUUCUGUAUUUUUCCUACGGGCCAUUGAGCAUUUGUUCCAAGAGAGAUGUCUGCUAGGUUUGGAGAAGUGCCGAGCGGGCCAACCCAAGGACCAUCUACCAACAGUAGCGACGCUGGUGAUUUCGAGUGCAACAUAUGCUUUGACUUGGCCCAAGACCCGAUCGUGACAUUAUGCGGGCAUCUUUUUUGCUGGCCCUGUCUUUACAAAUGGCUUCACCUACAUUCACAAUCUCAAGAAUGCCCAGUUUGUAAAGCCCAAAUCGAAGAAGAAAAGUUAGUCCCUUUAUACGGUAGAGGCAAGGACUCAACCACUCGAAGAUCAAGACCCGUUCCUGAUGACGAAAUCCCACAUCGGCCCACGGGCCAAAGACCAGAAACCGCUCCUCCACCAGAUCCAAAUGCAUUUGGUCAACAUGGGUUUGGCCCGUUUGGAUCAAUGGGCAGUUUUGGGCCUCCAAUGAAUACAAGUUUUGGGAACUUUAGUCUUUCAUUUGGCGGUUUGGUUCCGUUUUUCAAUUUUCAGAUGAACACGUUUUCGGGCCCACAGAUGUUUGGAAACGGGCCUCCUCGCAUGGCUCCAACUCCGGUGUAUCCUUAUGGGGCCCAUCAUCAUGCCCAUUGGGUCCCUCAACAGAGAGUUAACCGUCGUGAAACAGGGUUUUUCGCGGCAUUGCCAUUUUUGAUAAUUGGUUUUCUUUUCCUCAUGGCUCUAAUUUGGAACUGAGGUAAUUUAGCUUUCAGUUGUUAUUUGAUGUUCCAUAAGAAUUUGUGUGUAAAGAAGACUAGUUGAUUAUUUGUAUUUUGAGUAUUUUUAGUAGUGUUGCUAGUAAUAGUUGGUAGUUGAAGGUGCA